CAGACAAGCCCGAAAUCACAGCGGGGAAUGGGGCACUGAUGGUAGGCUGUCAAGAACGUGACGGAGCAGGGAGCAAGAAGCAGGCCUAUUGUCCAUGAUGCAACCCAGGUUAAGAUAAAGAAGCGCACUUAACUUUAAGUGAAGGAGGGGGCCGACAUGGUGCAGGAGAGCUUCCCCGGCUGGGUCCAGGACCCCGAGGACCCCCUGGUGCAUGUCAACGUGGGCGGGCUGAAGCGCAGCCUGUGCUCCAGCACACUGCGGAAGUUUCCAGACACGCGCCUGGGCCGCCUGCUGGCCUGUGAGUCGGAAGAGGCCAUCCUGCAGGUGUGCGACGACUAUGACGUUCAGCAGAGGGAGUUCUACUUCGACCGGAACCCGGGUCUGUUCCCCUACGUUCUCCAUUUUUACCAGACGGGCAAGCUUCACAUCAUGGAGGAGCUCUGUGUUUUCUCCUUCAGCCAGGAGAUAGAGUACUGGGGCAUCAAUGAGUAUUUUCUGGACAGCUGCUGCAGUUACCGUUACCAUGACCGCAAGCUGGAGAGCCGCCAUCGCAGCUGGGAUGAAGAUAGUGAGGUGAGCAGUGUGGACACGUCCGUGGAUGAGAUCUCAGACCUCAACAGAGACAUGCUCCACUUCCAGGAUGUGCGCUUUGGCCAAAUGAGGAAGUGCCUGUGGCUGACCCUGGAGAACCCUGGCUACUCCAUCCCCUCCAAGCUCUUUAGUCUGCUGUCCAUCUGUGUGGUGCUCACCUCCAUCUCCACCAUGUGUAUCAACAGCAUCCCAGAGUACCAGAACUUUGACGCAGACGGCAAACUGCUGGAUGACCCCACCAUGCAGACCCUGGAGGUGUUGUGCACCUGCUGGUUCACCGCCGAGGUGGUCACACGCAUGUUCCUGGCGCCCAACCGCCGUAAGUUCUUCCGCCACCCGCUGAACAUGAUCGACAUGGUGUCCGUGGUGCCCAUCUACAUCACGCUGGUGUUCGACCUGGCGGCGGGGGGCGAUUCGGAGCUGGGAGAUCUGGGGCGGCUGGUGCAGGUGCUGAGACUGAUGAGGGUCUUCAGGGUGUUGAAGCUGGCCAGACACUCCACGGGCCUGCGCUCCCUGGGCGCUACGCUACGGCACAGUUACCGUGAGGUGGGCAUCCUACUGCUGUACCUGGCAGUAGGCGUGUCGGUGUUCUCAGGGAUGGCGUACACCGCAGAGUACGAGGAAGACGUCGGCCUCGACACAAUACCAGCCUGCUGGUGGUGGGGUACCGUCUCCAUGACCACCGUGGGGUACGGGGACGUCGUGCCGGUGACGGUGGCAGGCAAACUGGCAGCAGGCGGCUGCAUUCUGGGGGGCACCCUGGUGGUGGCGCUGCCCAUCACCAUCAUCUUCAACAAGUUCUCCCACUUCUAUCGCAAGCAGAAGGCCCUGGAAGCUUCCGUCAGGAACAAUAACAGGAAGAGGAUCAGGGUCAGGUGUGACGAGCAUGAUGAAGAGGAGGACGACAAUGACGAGGAAGAUGAGGAGGGUGACGAGGGAUCUGAUGGGGAUAGCCGGUGUUUAGAUGAGGAGGAGGACGAGGAGGAAGAAGAAGUGGAGGACGAGGAGGAGGGAGGGGAGGUAAACUAUAGUUAUGUGGACUAUCCUUCAACUCUGGACAGGAAGAAGGAUGUGUAUCAACUCUGAGUGUCUCUGUACUAGCAUUGGGUUUCACUAGAGAGAUAUGACUACUAAGGUAGUGGCACAAUGGACAUAAGCUAAAGUAAUAAGCAUACUAAUAAUGCAUUUAUCUCUUUUUCAUUUUUCAAAGCAUCUAAAAACCUUUACAGAGUCAACAGUUUAUGAACUGUAAAAACCUUUUCGCAUAACUUAUCUUACAAAGUGAUAUGGUACCUGCAGCAUUGGGCUGGUGUUCAUGUCUGUGUGCAUCAACAAAGUGACUUUACAGUAUAGCAGUGGUGAUCUGCAGAAGACAAGCAUGCUUGUUGCUAGUUGAGUAGGGAUGUGUAGCCCAGGAGACAACGGCCCAAAUGAGAACGCACAGCUCAGAGUAUUCUUCCUUCUUACACUGGUAAAUGUGGCUGCUUGGCAUGUGGAGUCAGAGAAAAGAAAGACUAUACUGUUGAGCAUUGUCUUGCUUUUAUGUCAAUAUAAACUGGCUAGCAUUAGUUUGUAGUAUAGAAGACAAAGGAUUCCCCUUAAACAACAUGUAUUGUUGUUAAAGGGAACUCUACCUUUGCUGUAAUUCAUGUAAAAGUAGCUACGUAGCUUUGUACAUAGUGUAUACUGUAGGCUAGCAAGCCUAUAAGACAACAACAAAAAAGGAUCAAGCUAUCACUUGAAUGUUCCUUCCAGCCUGUCAGAUGUCUUCCUUGGAGAAGCCUGUGUGCUCCAGCUGCAGUGACCAUACACAUCUCCUCUAUAACAUCCACUCGACUAUAAUAACGAUGACUUCUGACUUCUUGCUGAUUUUGUUGCAAAAGAAUAGUAGUGGGGCUUAUAGAACAUGUAUUUGAAACUAUAAGAAAAACUAAAUCUGAUGCAACCAGAGUUGGAAUCCAUUUAAUUUCAGUUGCACAAGUUCAGAAAUCGUAUUCAAUUUUCGAUUGAAUUACUGUAUUGAAAAAAAUUGUAUUUCCUGAAAGAACUGCCUGAUAAGAUGGACCUUCAUUCUGAUGCAAUCCCAGUUCCUGAGCUGCACCAGUGUGAAUGCUCUCAGACGGACCUGGGAAAACAGGCCGCCAUGAACGACCUGUCCUAUGCAUUAGAUGAAACUCAAGCUGAUGUGGAAAGCUUAGAGAUUCACUCAGCAGCUUGGGAACAGAUUUCAUCAAAGGAAUAACACAGGCUCCUCAAAGUGACAGACCUAAGGAAAACACAAGGACGUUUUUGAAGUAUCUGAGGGUCGUUUGAUCAGAUG